AUGACUCAGCCAGAAGGAUUCCAGGUUCUAGGAAAGGAAGACUAUGUUUGUAAACUGAAGAAGUCCUUGUAUGGACUUAACCAAUCUCUGAGGCAGUGGUACAAGAGAUUUGACAGUUACAUGCUUGAGUUGCACUACAACAAAAGUCCAUAUGAUUGUUGUGUGGAUGAUAUGCUCAUAGCUGCGAGGUCGAAGUCUGAUAUCCAGAAGUUAAAGGGGCUUCUUAGUGCUGAGUUUGAUAUGAAGGAUUUGGGAGUUGAUCUGAAGAUCUUGGGUAUGGAGAUUUACAUGGACAGGUCGAAGAAGAAGCUUUUCUUGUCAGAGAAGAGCUACAUCCAGAAGAUACUGUCGAGGUUUGGCAUGUCUUAA